UAAUUUAUGAUUUUGUGUCAACAGACUCAACACUUAUACGACUUCAUGCUGGGUUCUACUCCUACAAAAUGAAACGACGUAGCUUCAGUAUUGCCACAGCCAAACGACGUCGUUACAUCUUCACACAAAUGGGACUGCGUUCCUAUAUAUUCCCAAAACCCUAGCAUCCCUUUCCUCUUUCUCUUCUCUCCGCAGACAACCCCAGAGAUUCAAAGGCCUUAGGCGGUACAAGGUACAAGGAUGACAACCAGGUUCAAGAAGAACAGGAAGAAGAGAGGGCACGUCAGCGCCGGCCAUGGCCGGAUCGGCAAGCACCGGAAGCACCCCGGUGGUCGCGGAAAUGCUGGAGGUAUGCAUCACCACCGCAUCCUUUUCGACAAGUACCACCCUGGCUACUUCGGGAAGGUCGGAAUGAGGUACUUCCACAAGCUCCGCAACAAGUUCUACUGCCCCAUCGUCAACAUUGACAAGCUGUGGUCCAUGGUGCCUCAGGAUGUGAAGGACAAAGCCUCUCCUGAUAACGCCCCUCUCAUCGACGUCACUCAGUUCGGCUACUUCAAGGUUCUGGGCAAGGGCGCGUUGCCUUCCUCGCAGCCAAUCGUCGUGAAGGCCAAGCUCGUCUCUAAGAUAGCCGAGAAGAAGAUCAAGGAAGCCGGUGGUGCCGUUGUUCUCACCGCCUAGGUUUUGAAUCUUUCCUUGUUCCGUCCUUUCAUUUAUUUUGUUUACCAAUGGAAGUUGUUAGCGGUUUUUUGAUGAAUUGAAUUACAAUGAAUUUUGUUUGGGUUGAUGCGCAAUGUUAUCCUUUUUUAUACUCCA